AUGGCUCUUGCCUCACUUAGACGACAGUUGUCGCGGGUUCUUGCUCCUCGCUCAGUAGACUCAGUCAACAGUUUCGAUGCGAUAAAUCGAAAAGACACAGCUCAAGUAGACGAACGUUUACAAGGUCGAUCAAGCCCCAAGGCAUCGGUCUAUCAGCGCUCUCCACCACAAUCUGGCGUUACGCUACACAAUUCCGAGCAUGUACCGACAAACCUAUCAACUGAUGUGUUGGUGCAAGUCAUGACCGUAGGCGACAGUGUCAUCACCAUCGAGACGCAGCGAGAAGACGAACAUAUCGAGCGACCAGCAGCCAAGCGAAGGAGGAAAGGACUCGGCCUCCGCAGAGUCAAGACAGCUCCUCCAGUCAGUCAGACCAUACCCGUUCAUGGUUCUAUCACCACCAUCGAGUCUGUUCCCAAUGGCAGCCGUCGUCGGGCUUGGUCGUAUCCGCUGGGCAACUGGAGGAAGUUCAGCUUGGUACGACGUAUGCGUCGAGGCUCUGAUCUCAAGGAGGCCCGCAAGAAAGCUCGUAGAGGCAAAGCGGCCUGCGAGCUAGAUUCCGAACGUCAACCUCCGGCUGCACAGAACACAGCACAUCCUUUCAUGUCCGGUGCUUACCAAGGGUCUCCAUCGCACAUGAAUCCUGCUACAGAUGAGGUGGGCAUCUCACCACGGACCUCGAUCGACUUGGGCAGUGGGCGUCCCGCUUUCACGCGACCCAAAGGUUCUCCAACGAAACCUUCCACCAAUCAGAACAGCCCCAACGAAGAUCAAGACAAGCGCAAAGAUUCGCAUAUCCAUGGCAUUAUGCAAAUCAAAGAGCAAGCUUCUGCAGAAGUGGAAGCAAAUACUAAAGAAUCAACGUCCGACGAGCAACCAAGUAAAAGCACAGCGUUCUUACUACAUGCAAUAGACUGGAUCAGGCAACGACGCGCUUCUAUCUCGUCAAACUCUUCAUCGUCUGACUCACCAGUGUCGUCCCCUUACAUUCAGCCAGCACGUCCUGCUCGCCGAACACAAGAGGUACAUACUACUCAGACACAACCUGCUGUGGGCAGACUAUCCAUGGUGUCCAGUUGCGACGAGUCAUCCAUGAAAUCUCGGCUCAACUUACCUCCUGGCUUCGAAAUCCCUGUCGAAGGUCAAGCUGGUCCUGCCGACUGGUUGCACCGUAGCUGGGAAGAGCAUUACCGGCGCUCAGCCGAAUCUGCACAUCGAGCUUGCCACCCUUUGGCCGCUUCACGUUGCCUCCCCUAUAAGAGGNGGGAAGAAUACCAGCGCUACCAUGUUGUAGCUACAUCUCAAGACGGACCACAAUGCAUCCACGCGCAACGACUGAAAUCAAUACCAGACCAUACCGAAUACGUCACUCAAGUCUGGGACUUUGCAAAUGAUCGUAAAGGGAAGGGUCGCAAAUAUGUGGAAAAUGUUGGUGUAGAAGAUGGAAGAGGUAGACUUGAAUCUAGGGACGUUUUUGGUGCAGAACAGCAAAGAGAAAGACGUAGGAGUAGUAAAGGGGCAUGUGUAACUACUGUCACAUUGGGCGAGUGCAAUUUUGCGAAGGAGCUGGAGCAGAGUGUUGCAUGA